CUGUUUCUUAUCGCCAAAUCAAUUGCAUAUAUUGUCAGAUGUAACUACAAGACAAGCCAAUAAACCGCAGUAAUAAAUGCAAGAAGCAAAAUAUCUGCAACUGUAUUGACUUAGGAGCACAAUAUGUGAACCUUCUCAUGCCAAUUAUUGUCUAUAUAAUUUGCAUGGCACAUCAUAUCUGAUCUAUACAAGCAAAGCUCUUCGUUUCUUUCCCUAACCAAAAAUGCUUGGUUGUGUGCAAGUGAUUGCGGGUUUUGCGGCAUUUCUCUUUCUUCUUUUUCAUAUUCAUCGAAGACGAUGUUGCAGGGACCCCCUCUUACCAGAUUGGCCUCUAUUUGGAAUGUUGCCACCGAUUCUCAAAAAUUUGGGGCAGAUUAAUGACUACGCAACUCGAGUUCUGCGAAGAAAUGGAGGUACUGGUAAUUUCCUCGGACCUUGGUUUACUGGGAUGAACUAUUUGGCCACCAGUGACCCCACGAACGUCCAUCACAUGAUGAGCAAGAAUUUCGCCAACUACAUAAAAGGGCCUGUGUUUCGCGAGAUUUUCGAAGCUUUCGGGGAUGGGAUUUUCACUGCAGAUUCAGAUUCAUGGAAACACCACAGGGCACUUCUCCAUUCCUUGUUUAAAACCAAGAGUUUUGAGAAGCUUCUGGAGAAGAUUGUUCAAAAGAAGAUGGACAAAAGUCUCGUUCCUCUUCUUGAUCAUGUAGAAAGGAGAGGGAUUGAAGUGGAUCUGCAAGACGUGUUCAAUCGCCUCAACUUUGACAUUAUCUGCUCCACAAUCUUAGGAUCUGACCCAGAGAGCCUUGCCAUUGAUUUCCCGGAAGUUGCAUGCGAGAGAGCUUUUAAUGAAGCUGAGGAGUUUAUAUUCUACAGACACACAGUACCUAUAAGCAUCUGGAAGCUUCAGAGAUGGCUAAGAAUUGGACCAGAGAAGAAGAUGGCCGAAGCAUGUGAAGUCUUUGACCGAUUCCUCCAUGAAAGUAUAGCAUCAAAGAGAGAAAAACUCAACAAAGACAACGAAAAGGAUAGAGAAAACGAUGACUUGCUGACCUGUCUGAUGAGGGAGAAAGAAGGAAAAGAACACGUGGAUGACAAGUUUCUGAGAGACACUGCUUUUAAUCUUUUUGUUGCAGGCAGAGAUACCAUAACUUCAGCUCUCACGUGGUUCUUUUGGCUCGUUGCAAAACAUCCUUCAGUAGAAGCAAAGAUUCUUGAAGAAAUCAAAGAAGAAAAGGAAACAAAAUCUCAAGUAUAUCUCCAUGGUGCUCUAUGUGAAGCUCUGAGACUGUAUCCUCCCAUACCUUUUGAGCGCAAGCAAGCAGUCGAACAUGAUAUACUUCCCAGUGGACAUGAGGUUGGUCCUGGAACCAUGAUUUUAUUAUCUUUGUACGCAGUAGGAAGAUGUGAAGAAGUAUGGGGAAAAGAUUGCAUGGAAUUCAAACCAGAGAGGUGGAUCUCAAAAAAAGGAAGCAUCGUUCAUAUACCGUCAUACACGUUUAUUAGCUUCAACGCAGGACCAAGAACUUGUUUGGGUAAGGACUUAUCUUUUAUUCAAAUGAAGAUAGUGGCCAGUUCUAUUUUGAAGGAUUAUCAAGUUCAUAUAGUGAAAGAUCAUCCUAUUUCUCCGUCAUUGUCAAUAGUGCUUUUAAUGAGGUAUGGUCUCAAAGUUUGGAUCACAAAAAGGAAUUGAUGAUUAAUUAAUAUAUUAUCCUAUAUAUAUGGGAGAAGAAAAAAGUUUGAUUGCUUUAA